UAUCACCCCAACACUGUUUCAUACUUGCAGGACAUAAAAACAAUGUAAAAUAUUCCAAGGACAACCUGGUGUACGAGGAGAUAAAGCUGAGGUUUCCAGGCCAAUACAAACAAUAGCUAUUCUCUUCCUGCCCCGUUGUGAGCUUCCAUUGGAUAACCAGACCUCUACCAGAGCGUCAUUAUCAGUUGUACCAGUACAGCCUCCUCCUCUGCCAACUGAAGAACACCUAGUUCUUCCUUCAUUACUGAACAUAGUCAAAUUCAUUUAUUGCCACAAAACCACAAGUUGGUGUUAUUUGCUCUGAUAGUUGCAUAGAGGCCAGACUGACCACCAUCUUUCCAAAAAUGUAUUUUGCGCACUUUGUGAUGAUGCUGGUGCUCUUUGGUUGUUCUCUGGGGAAAUCUUUUGUCCUCCAGUCCUCGGAGAAGGAACCCGCUGCAGCUACUGGCUCUGCCGUCCUCCACCCCGACAGGUGCCAUGGAGAGUUGUUGAAUGACAUCAGAAAGACUCUUAUUGGAGCCCUCAACCUGCAGCGGGAGCCCCAGGUGACGGCGGACAGACUGACUGCCAUCAGAGAGCAAUGGAAGACCGCAUUCUCUGCCAUCUCUCACAAGACCCAGGACAAAGCAGUGGCUUUACCCCAGGCUGAGGGUCCUGCAGCAGACAACAGUAGUGGUCUGAAAUGCUGUCCGCUGGCCUCACAGAUCUUCCUGAAAGAUCUUGGCUGGGAGAACUGGGUAAUCUACCCUGAGAGUUUCACCUACGUCCAGUGCUCACCCUGCAACUCUCAACCUGACCUGAGCCCCUCCCGCUGCCCAUCACACACUCCUCCCGCACAGGACACCCCCUCACAGAUGCCGUGCUGCCAGACCACUUCUACAGAGAAUGUGCCCUUCCUCUACAUGGAUGAGUUCAGCACCCUCACCAUCUCCUCUGUUCAGCUCACCCGCGCCUGCGGCCCUGGCAACCCCCAGCUGCCAGCUGAGGACUGAUCAUUGACCAACCCCCACCCCAUUCCGGGGAGCCCCCACCCCAUUCCAGGGAGCCCACCCAAUGCCAACCCAGCGAGUCCCCCUUCCCCAUAUCUAUUCUGCUCAUGAAAUACCUAUAGAGUGGACAGGGUUGCAACAUUCCAGUAAUUAUCCCAAAAUUCCCAGGUUUUCCAGAAUUUCCAUUUGGAAGAUUCCCAGAAUCAAGAAGGAAUAGGCAGGAAAUACAUAAUCCUCCAAUCAGGAGUUUUGGAAAAAUCUGUGAAUCUUGGGAAAAUUACAGGAACCUUGCAACCUUAAACGUGAAGGUUUUGUCUUGCAGCUUUGUUUUGGCACAUAGCCUACAUUCCUAAAUAGAUUAUAGCUAUUUCCUAGUUAUUUUCUAGUUAAUUUUAUGAAACAUUUGAAUAUUGAAAUGUGUUCAUCUUGAGGAGCAUAAAGAUAAUGGAUCAUUGUGGCUUCAUAAAAUCUCUAGACAAGCUCCUAUAUGAAUCCCUGCUCUCCUCUCUUUUCCCAGAAGGGGGAUUAUUGUAAGCAGUAGCUACAUAAAUAUAAAAUAAAUACCUAGAGAAUCCUGCACAUGCUCAGAAGCUUCAAGACAUAAAAAUAAAUAUAAAUACCUAGAGAAUCCUGCACAUGCUCAGAAGCUUCAAGACAUAAAAAUAAAUAUAAAUACCUAGAGAAUCCUGCACAUGCUCAGAAGCUUCGAGACAUAAAAAUAAAAUAAAUACCUAGAGAAUCCUGCACAUGCUCAGAAGCUUCGAGACAUAAAAAUAAAAUAAAUACCUAGAGAAUCCUGCACAUGCUCAGAAGCUUCGAGACAUAAAAAUAAAAAGGUCUGAGUAAAAUCAGAUCUGCAGCCACUCCGUUCUGAAAAACAAAAAACUGACAGCUUUUAGUUCUGGUUGAAUAAACGUUGGCAGUCUUGCUUUGAUGACAUUUCAUAUGUGCUUUGAUGCUAUUUUUGAUGACGAUAUUUCACAACCCUGAAGCGCUAGACUGGCAAGGGAUUAAAGCAAUGCUACUCCAUGUUCCCCACAAAAAUGUGAACACAGGCUUCCCAUGCCAAAAAAAAACCUCUCAGGGUGGGAAAGCCGACCCAGCACUAGGCAAUAACAGCAUAGCUCUCAUCUAAACAGGCUUCUCCCCGGGCCUCUAACAUGCAUGGAACCAGUUCUCUACAAAAGUAUACAAUUUCAAAAAAAUAAAUUCUGGGUUAUGUAAAAUAAAGAUUCUGAUCUCCCCAAAGAAAAAUCUUGUUCUUAUAUGUGCUGUGAUUUUCCACUCCAUUGGGAAUUGCCCUCUUGGAAAGCUCCAUAGCUCAUGUUUGGACAAGUAGAAACCUUUGGCAUAGAGAUAAAUAAUGGUGCUGCGGUUUUCACCAAACAAAGCCUAUCAUUUUCAGUUAAGACAUUUGUUCGGUUGCGCGUAUGGAGUCCAAAAAGUAUUUCAGUUUUCUACAUUUGCGACUUUAAUUGUUAUCCCCCAAUGCUUCCCAUGUGCACCUUUUCGACAAUAUUGUUGUCUAUCAGUCCUAAACUGGGGUCCACAGUGUUUUCUGGGUUUGGCAGUUGGAGAAAUAUAUACUCUUUUUAUAUUUUCUUUGAGAUACACUAAAUAAAAUGUAUUCCCUUUACUUUUACCUCACAUUGCCACCUUUUCACAAUGUAUUUUCCACCAUAAUAUUUAUCACCACGAUAUGGAAUGUACCUGAGGUUGUCACAGCUUCACUAACAAGUUUUGGUUAAAAAAAAUGUUGUGAAAUGUGUUAUUGCCAUUGAUCACACAGUUUGAGAAUUUGUAUCAAUUAUGUCUAUUAUCUGAUUAAAUUCUUUAAUAAAUGCUACUACAAGAA